CAGGCGGAAAAAGCGAGCACCGAGCUGCUGUCGCCAUCUCCGGGAUUCCAAACGCCCCAGGUCUCUGUGCUGUAGCUGCCAGGGCCUGCAGGAUGUUUCACGGAAUCCCAGCUACUCCUGGCGUUGGAGCUCCCGCCUGCUCUGUUGCAGCCCCUGGGAACAAGCCGGAGCUGUAUGAGGAAGUAAAGCUGUACAAGAAUGCUCGGGAGCGGGAGAAGUAUGACAACAUGGCGGAGCUGUUUGCAGUGGUGAAGACCAUGCAGGCCCUGGAGAAAGCGUACAUCAAGGACUGUGUCACCCCUAAUGAAUACACUGCCGCAUGCUCCAGGCUCCUGGUCCAGUACAAAGCUGCCUUUCGGCAGGUUCAGGGCUCAGAGAUCAGCUCCAUUGACGAGUUUUGCCGGAAGUUCAGGCUGGACUGCCCACUCGCCAUGGAGAGGAUCAAGGAGGACCGACCCAUCACUAUCAAGGACGACAAGGGCAAUCUCAACCGCUGCAUCGCAGAUGUAGUUUCGCUCUUCAUUACAAUCAUGGACAAACUGCGUCUGGAGAUCCGCGCCAUGGAUGAGAUUCAGCCGGACCUACGGGAGCUAAUGGAGACCAUGCACCGAAUGAGCCACCUGCCUCCAGACUUUGAGGGUCGCCAAACAGUCAGCCAAUGGCUGCAGACCCUGAGCGGAAUGUCCGCUUCUGAUGAGCUGGAUGACUCCCAGGUUCGCCAGAUGCUCUUCGAUCUGGAGUCAGCUUACAAUGCCUUUAAUCGCUUCCUACAUGCCUGAGCCUCACCCAGGCCGGAAUGAGACUGAUGGAGAUGUACCGCCCCAGUUCCCCAGUAUCUACGCCUGUCCUAGAUGUCUGUGUUGUCAACGGGUUACCCCCAAUAAAGAUCUGUCUGACCUUC